CCUUCUUUUUUCAAAGCGCGCGCUGUUUCGUUUCAUUUUCCGACACUUGUAGCUACACGUCUGAGCGCGAGCGCUGCGUCUUGCUCGCUCACUGUACUGACGUCAAACCAGCAUGGCGGUCAAGGUGCAAUCUACCAAACGCGGGGACCCAAGUGAGCUUAAAGCAAUCUUCCAGCAGUAUGCCAGUGUAGAGGGCAAGGAUGGAGAGAGGUUCAUGACCCCAGGAGACUUUGUCCAGAGGUAUCUAGGACUACAUACACAGAUUCACCACAACCCCAAAACUGUUCAGCUCAUCGCUGCUGUGGCUGACACCACAAAGGACGGGCUGAUUUCAUUCCAGGAGUUUCUUGCAUUUGAAUCUGUGUUGUGUGCACCGGACGCUCUCUUCAUAGUAGCUUUUCAGCUGUUUGACAAGUCUGGAACUGGAGACAUUUCCUUUGAAAAUGUGCAGGACAUCUUCAGCCAGACCACAGUGCACCACCAUAUUCCUUUCAACUGGAACUGUGAGUUCAUCCGCCUGCACUUUGGACACGACCGCAAGAAACACCUCAACUACCUCGAGUUCACCCAAUUCCUGCAGGAGCUGCAGUUGGAGCAUGCACGCCAGGCAUUUGCCCAAAAGGACAAAGGCAAGAAUGGUGUCAUCUCUGCCCUGGACUUCAGUGACAUUAUGUCCACUAUCAGACACCACAUGCUCACCCCUUUUGUGGAGGAGAACCUUGUCUCGGCUGCCGGAGGAAGUACCUCUCACAUGGUCAGCUUCUCUUACUUCAAUGCCUUCAAUUCUCUCCUGAACAACAUGGAGCUUAUUCGCAAGAUUUACAGCACACUGGCUGGCACGCGAAAGGACACGCUCGUGACCAAAGAGGAGUUUGUUCAUGCAGCCAACAAGUUUGGUCAGAUCACUCCUAUGGAAAUUGACAUCCUUUAUCAGUUAUCAGGCCUGCACUCUCCCUCUGGGCGCCUGAACCUUGCUGACAUUGACAGGAUAGCUCCACUAGAGGAGGGGUGCCUGCCCUAUCACCUGGCUGAAAGCCAGAAACAGGCCCACGGAGAUACUUCGAGGUCUGUGUGGCUCCAAAUUGCAGAGUCCGCCUACAGGUUCACCCUGGGCUCCAUUGCUGGAGCCACGGGGGCAACAGCUGUGUACCCCAUUGAUUUGGUAAAGACUCGUAUGCAGAAUCAGAGGUCCACCGGAUCCUUUGUUGGCGAGUUGAUGUACAAGAACAGCUUUGACUGUGCUAAGAAGGUGCUGCGCUACGAGGGCUUCUUUGGCUUCUAUAGAGGUCUGGUUCCUCAGCUCAUAGGUGUGGCACCAGAGAAGGCUAUCAAACUUACAGUGAAUGACUUUGUAAGAGAUAAGUUUACCGAAAAAGAUGACACAAUUCCUCUCUUCGCUGAGAUUAUGGCGGGUGGCUGUGCUGGAGCCUCUCAGGUGAUCUUUACCAACCCUCUGGAGAUUGUGAAGAUCCGCCUGCAGGUUGCAGGUGAGAUCACCACUGGACCUCGAGUCAGUGCACUGAGUGUGGUCCGUGACCUGGGCUUCUUCGGUCUCUAUAAGGGUGCUAAAGCUUGUUUUUUAAGGGACAUCCCCUUCUCAGCCAUCUAUUUCCCUGUGUACGCCCACACAAAGACUCAACUAGCUGAUGAACAAGGCAGGCUGGGACCUUUGCAGCUUCUCAGUGCUGGAGCAAUCGCAGGUAUUCCUGCUGCCUCCCUUGUGACACCUGCUGAUGUCAUUAAGACACGUCUACAAGUUGCGGCAAGGGCAGGGCAGACCACCUACUCUGGAGUCAUCGAUUGCUUCAAGAAGAUUUUGAGAGAGGAAGGUUUCAGAGCUUUGUGGAAGGGAGCUGGAGCUCGUAUGUGCCGAUCCUCUCCUCAGUUUGGUGUGACUCUGGUGACUUAUGAACUCUUGCAACGGUGGUUCUACGUUGACUUUGGUGGACAUCGUCCAGCUGGAUCCAAACCCAAACCCAAGUCUCGAAUCUCAGAGCUUCCUCCCAUCAAUGUGGACCACAUUGGAGGUUACCACCUGGCUGCAGCUACCUUUGCUGGGGUGGAGAAUAAAUUUGGACUCCACCUUCCCAAAUUCAAGUCGUCCGGUGUGGCUUCCAUACAUCACCCAGCUCAAGCACCGUAGAGGUCUCGAUAUCCAUAUCAUUUCAUCAUCCCUCUCCACCAUUACCAGGAGCCAGACACUCAGAUAGACACACAAAUGAAGCACACACUCCACAAAAAGAGGUCACUGACUUAGGAACAAACACCACUGGCCCAUUACUCUCUUCGGGGUAAAAGGUGUGCUUCAGUGGCCACUAGCCAGCCAUAGAGGUGGAGAGCUGCCUGCAGCUGUACAACAGAGCAGACAGCGAUGGGGACCAGAAUCUCUGACUGUGUUCAAUCUUCAGUGGCUGUAUGCUCCUGGCAGCUUCAUCUUUUCUCUUCUUCUCAAAACGGAGCCUUGGGCACUCCUCUGUCUCUCAUGAUAUGAUUUUCAUUUUGUUUUCUGUCUGAUACUCAGUAUGAGCAGGACUUCUCUUCUUGGACAGAGGGUAUAGGAAAUAUUAGAUUGAUCUGCACGGUAUGUGGGGCUUCGCUGUCAACCUGUCCUCAUUCAGGAGGUUUGAUACUGUACAUAUUGUAUAACUGUACUGACCAGAUGUUACGAGAGAGCUCCAUAACAUUCAGUCAACAGAACAGUUCAGUAACUGUAAUGUUAUGGCACUGUGGGGCUUUGGGCCCUCGCCUCUGAGAAUCACUCUUACUGAUGUACAGAACUUUUCAAGUGUUUUCUUGAUUUAAAAAGAAGAAUCAUGAGCAGAGAAUUAGUUCUUAAUAAAUUAAGUGUAUCUCAUUUGAGUCAUUGUAUUUUAAUGAAAUAAAUAAUCCAUAUGGUUUUAAUUUUA